AUGGAUGCAUCGGCACCAGGCACACCCUCUGCCCCCAUAAUUGACUCGAGCAACACAAACGAAAUUUACAAUAACGCGAAGACCCCACCACCUUCUAACGUUCCAAUCGAGUCUCCAUCCUUACAGGAUACACCUUCCACUCCAAGACCUUCAACACCCGACUCGGUGUCCGUCCCAAGACCGAAUCUCGGUCCAAUAUACUCCGCAGUAUAUUCCGGAGUACCAGUUUACGAGUUUCUCGUUCGCGACGUUGCUGUUAUGCGUCGGAGGCCGGAUUCGUAUCUGAACGCCACGCAAAUUUUGAAAGUUGCGGGUCUUGAAAAGGGGAAACGCACAAAAAUCAUUGAGAAGGAAGUUCUAACGGGGGAACACGAAAAGGUUCAAGGUGGGGUUCCCUAUGAAAGAGGCAAAGAACUGGCAGAACAAUACGGUGUCCUUGAGAUACUGCGUCCUCUAUUGGAGUAUAAACCACCUAAACACGAUAUACCCUAUUCUUCUUCUCCCUACACGCCGACAAAAGAGCAGGCAAUGGCCGCUAUGCGCCGACAGGCCGCCAGAGCUACCAGUAAUGUUACCCAAUCCACAGCACAAACCUCUGCUCUCCCAUCUGCUCAACAGCAUGCAGUUACAUACGAAAACGAGAUGGAGAAUACCAUGGUCACACCGUCGGAGGUAUCUGAACCGCUGCUCACUGCCGCGGAAAUGGAUGAGGGAGAGAGACAUCGGAAUGUUUUGAUGGCAAUAUUCCUUAACGAAGAUCCGAAUCAAAUACCGGAUCUUCUUUCAAAUCCCUCCUCCCCAGACGACAUUGAUUAUGAUGUCGUUAUUGACAACCAUGGUCACACUGCAUUACAUUGGGCGGCCGCUCUCGCCCGUCUUCAGGUAAUGGAAUUAUUGCUGGAACGGGGAGCGAACGUGAAACAAUUAAACUACGAAGGUGAAUCUGCCUUAGUACGCGCAGUUCUCGUAACUAAUAAUUACGAAGCACAAAAUUUCCCAGCUGUCCUAGACCUUCUCCGUGAAACCAUCCCGUUGACUGAUAAAGAUAAUCGAACAGUCUUUCAUCACAUUUCUAUGACUUCAGGUACAAAAGGUCAUUCCGCAGCAGCGAAAUAUUACAUGGAUUGCAUGCAGCAGUGGGUCGCACAGAAUGUUGACGGAAAUAUCGCCGCGAUCUUAAACAUUCAAGACAAAAAUG